AUGACUAAUAAAUAUUCUCCAAUUCCCAUGUUAAAAAAUUCCAUCCACUGUCGGACUAUGUUCGUAGACAUUCUCAUACUCAUGAGUGUAUGUACUGCAGAGUCUGUUGUAUAUCAAAUGAAUGCAUCGGAAGUCUGCGAUUCCGACCAUGACCCUGUCCCUGAUACUGUUAUCCCAGACCCUGAGUCCAAUCCAGUCCCGUCCAUGGUCCAUCCCGUCCCGACAGACCGUACAGUGCAGUACUCCAUAUUUGUGCAGUACAUGCCCUACUAG